UGUUCUGUAUUCAGUAAGAAGUGAAGGUCAUGACGGACACCAUCAGGUGAGGGAGACUUUGUGGUGUAAGAGAUGAGGUUUGGGAAAGUAUCAGUAUAAAAAAGAAAAACAUGGACUACGCAGAAAGGAUGAGGAGAGUAGACUGGAGUACUUGAAAUAUACACAGACAGCAAAGACAGAGGCAGCUUAAAGCCCACAAAGACCUUAACGGGAUCGCAGGGAGAAGUUCGGCUGAUGAAAGACAGAGAUGGGAAUCUAUUAUCAAGUGAGGAGAGGAAGAAGGAAGGAGGACUUCAGGGAACUGAUAAAUAGAAACAAUGAGGGAGUGAGAGAGGAGGGUAGACAGUGGCGUGAUGGUGGGUCAGGUCAGAGGAUUAGCUCGGUUUGGAGAGGAUGGUGAACUGGAGCGACAUUCUUCCCUGCUGAGUGAGGACCAGGAUGGUCAGUAGCCAGCCGAAGUACGAGCUGAUCCAGGAGGUGGGCCGUGGCAGCUAUGGUGUGGUCUAUGAGGCGGUAGUCAAGCGCACGGGUGCCCGUGUGGCUGUGAAAAAGAUCCGCUGCCACACCCCAGAAAAUGUGGAGCUUGCCUUGCGGGAGUUCUGGGCCCUCAGUAGCAUCCAGAGUCAGCACCCAAAUGUCAUCCAUCUGGAGGAGUGCAUCCUGCAGCAGGACCAACUGGCCCAGAGGAUGAGCCAUGGUUCCAGCUCUCCACUUUACCUGGAGCUGGUUGAGACGUCUCUGAAGGGUGAGAUCACCUUUGACCCAUGCUGUGCCUACUACUUGUGGUUCAUCAUGGACUUUUGCAAUGGCGGUGACAUGAACGCCUACCUCCUCUCCCGCAAGCCCAGUCGCAAGACAAACACCAGUUUCAUGCUACAGCUGGGCAGUGCGUUGGCCUUCCUGCACCGCAACCAGAUCAUCCACCGUGACCUCAAACCAGACAACAUCCUGAUCACCCAAGACUGCACAUCUCUGGAACCCACGCUGAAAGUUGCUGACUUUGGCCUCAGUAAAGUGUGUUCCACCUCUGGGCUCAAUCCAGAGGAGCCAGCCAGCGUCAACAAGUGCUUCCUGUCCACCGCCUGCGGUACAGAUUUCUACAUGGCUCCUGAGGUAUGGGAGGGACACUACACUGCCAAGGCUGACAUCUUUGCUCUGGGUGUGAUCAUUUGGGCCAUGGUGGAGCGCAUAACCUUUGUAGAUGUGGAGACACAGAAGGAACUGCUGGGUAGCUAUGUGCAACAGGGCUCUGAGAUAGUGCCCCUCGGGGAGGCGCUGUUGGAGAACCCAAAAAUGGAACUGCUUAUCCCUGCCAGGAAGAAGAGCAUGAACAGCCACAUGAAGCAGCUGAUCAGACAGAUGCUCUCGGCCAAUCCUCAGGAAAGGCCUGAUGCCUUUGAAUUGGAGUUGAGACUCAUCCGUAUCGCCUGCAGAGAACUUGACUGGGACACGUGACAGCCAGAGAUCUAGUCAUCAAGCACAUGUAAAUAUAUUUCAUACGCUGCUGUUGGUGUCCAUGGUUGCCACCCAGAAAAUAAUUCUCAUUGCCUGAGUAUUUUGUGAUUUGAACGUAUCAUGCCAUUCCAACUGAGAAUGUUUUGCAAUCGAGAAAGAGAAGCUGUUAGUUAAAAGCCUUAAACAAUUCAAUUAAUUUUUCCAACUUUAGGAUUGGAAAAUGUAUCGGAAGACGGCUUCUUCUUGCUUUGGAACGCCGACUGUGCUGAACAUGAAGGCUCACUGUCCGUGACAGAACCGUCACUAAAGUGCGUUCCUCUUUGCACCUUUUAACGUAGCGACAAAAGGAAAACCCUGAAUGCAUGUGCUAAAAUAUAAAUGUCCACUCGCAGCAAUGAAGAACACGGAAAGUAACUUGUGCACAUAGCAAUUGAAUAAUGAUGGUAGAAGUGUGAAAAAGAAAAUCGGUACACCUUAUAAAAGGACGUAACUGUAGGAUAAUGUGUAUUGAUGAACGUGAUAAAUCCGGACACUGCACUAAUGCAGUCAGUAAGCAAAAUGAUUCAGACCAAGAACUUGCCUUUGUAGUUGACAAUUUACAUAGAAGAUUCCUGUAAUAAUAAAGUCUAUUGAAGGUUAUACUGGAAGGUGAAUUGGUUAGAUGUUCCCUCGCAUUUCCCUGUCAACCUGGUAUAGAGACAAAUCUUGCCCCUCAUCGAACCUCCAUGUCCAAAGGUGCCAGAUGCUGAUUCUUAAGUGGCUUUUGUUGGAACUUGCUGCUCUUUGACAGAAAAAGUGGGUGCGUGUUCAUCAGGACUAAAUUAGUCUUGUGGAUUUGGAAACCUGAAAGGAGGCCACUGUGGGAGCUUGAGGUACACGACUGCAUCUGCUCAGAAAAGUGCAGUGCCUCUAAGAGCAGUCAUGCCACCUCAAACUUCUUUUUGUUUUUGGUUUCACGUCAGGGAUUGCUGCAGCAUGUCAUGCCUCAGUAGAUUGGUACACAACAGUAGCUCUGUGUUGGCCAUUCGGUAACCUUUCAGAAUGCUGGAAAUACAAGUAACUGCACUGAGUGACUUGAACUACACCAGCAAGUGUAAACCGUUAGAGAUGGUCAAAGAAAGUCAGUCUUUUACCUGAGCCCCGAUCGAGACACUGAUGAUCUGUACGAAAGGGUCCUUAGCCUUAAUUGAAUUUGACCAAGCAAAGUCUAGGAAUCUGAAAAAUGACAGGUUAGGAUGAUGAAUGAUAAUGAAGAUGCAAAUUUACAUUUGGAUGUUUACAUUGUUUGUCAUAAAUACUUUUGGUUGAUCCCCAGCCAGCUGCGCCCCGCUUGCUUUCCACAACUAACUACUGACAACUGUUUUCACACCCAUUAAAAAUAUGGUGCAUUCACUGACUCUUGACUGUAUUCAGAAUGCGUUGCGUCUCUUCCUCAGACAAAAUUCUAUUUUUUUGUUUCUAUUUUCUGAAAUAUGAAUUGCAAUACUUAAUGUUCAAUCACUAUGUGAACAGGGUUUUUGCCUUAUUCCUGCAGUUUUAUGCUAUUGACAUUUGUGGUGCAGAUUUUUUUUUGAGUGUGACAUCUCUGUUUACUGGAUGAAAGGAUUCAUGAGAUCACAAUGACUGUACAUAUGUGACAUAUUUUCUUGUGAAUAAUGUUGCCGUGCUCGUGAUCUUCUGUUUUUUUAAUCAAGAGUUUUAAAUAAAAAAUUUAAGUGAUGGUAUUGACUGAUAGAUCUUUCAAUUGAUUCAGAUGAGCAAAAUGGAAAACUAAGUGGCUUCAUAAUUCACUUUUAAAAUCGUUUAGG